AUGGGCGUUGGUAGUAGCGUGGCUCGCCAGGAGCAUGAUCAACAGGGGAAUCCUGAUGCUACUAAUACCACCACUCCUACAAGUCACAACGAUGAUGAUACCAAUACCACCACUACAACCACACGACACAAGGAGAAACGAACGGGCAGCAUGAAUUUGAGGUCCUAUUCCAAGUUAUCAAACAUCACGGAAAAAAUGGUGGAAACACAUCGAUACACCCAACGACUUGUCGUGACGUGCCCGGGGUGUGAACCUCAUUGGCAGGACGACCAUCCCGAAGUGGUAAUGCUGUUGGCCCAAUUGGGUCAAUUGCCCGCCUUGGAAGAAUUGGUCUUGAACUGUGUUGGAUUGCUCGAAGUGGCAUUCCCCAUCUCUCUAUUGACGGUGAUUCUCGAGGCGUGUUCGAAUCUCCAGUCAUUACAAUUGGACGAUGUGGCAUGCUGUGUUAGUAGUGGCCAUCCCAAUGAUGAAGUACUGGCAUUGGCUCGUGCAAUCUCCAAACAAGCCACCACAGGAUCCUUGCGAGAAUUUCGAUUCUAUGGAGGCAUUUCCAACAUUCACGAUCCCAACAACACGGAUCUGUUGGAUCCGCUCUGGAAGGCACUCGCCAAUCUGCAAUCUGUAAACUUGGAAGCGGUCGAAGAUGGACUUUUGGGGGGAAUCGCUCCAUCCACCUUGCAAUGUCUGGCACAAUCCACUACACUGGAAAAACUGCAUCUCCGUGGAUUUGUUCUAAAUGACACUUGUCUCAAACACUUGGGCUUGGGCCUGAACAGCAGUAGCACUGUCCUGACGGACUUGUCGCUCGAUCUCCUCGCUGGUGGUUCCCUGCAGCUUGCCCAAGCCUUGGGAGCCACAACCACGUUGCAACGACUUCAUCUCACAUUGACAUACUCGUGGACAAAUACAGCCUUUCUAAAAGCACUCGCCAAGGCUUUGUCGCAUAAUCGUGGCUCGCUUCUUGCCAUCAAAAUUGGAACCUGUGCUGUCUUUGACGAUUCCACGGCAGCCGCUUUUGUGGAAAUGCUGCAACACCACAAUCAUGUCUUACAAGAAUUGCAGUUAGGCAGAUACAGGGGAAUUUGGAAACCUCACUUGGAGUACUAUCUCAAACUCAAUCAGCAAAAACGAGGGUACUUUCACUCCAACUUUACCAGGUUGACCAAACACCAGUGGAUCGAAGAUGGAUUGAUCCCCGUGAGAGAUGAUCUAGAGGGCAUCUUUUACUUUUUGCAAAUGAAUCCCAUCUUGUUGAGUGGGUGA